AUGUCUUCAAAUUCCCGAGAUGUCUGUAUUGUUGGUGUUGCAAGGACACCAAUCGGUGGUUUCCUUGGUUCCCUUUCAUCUCUUUCAGCCACACAUCUAGCCUCACUCGCUAUUAAAGCUGCUCUCAACAGAGCCAAUGUUGAUCCAUCACUUGUGCAAGAAGUCUUUUUUGGGAAUGUUCUUAGUGCUAAUUUAGGUCAGGCUCCUGCUAGACAGGCUGCAUUAGCUGCUGGAAUACCCACUUCUGUUGUCUGCACUACUAUUAAUAAGGUUUGCUCAUCAGGGAUGAAAGCUGCCAUGCUUGCCGCGCAAACAAUUCAGUUGGGUUCCAAUGAUGUUGUUGUGGUUGGCGGUAUGGAAAGCAUGUCAAAUGCACCUAAAUACAUUGUCGAGGCAAGGAAGGGAUCUCGGUUAGGACAUGAUACUAUCAUUGAUGGUAUGCUCAAAGAUGGCCUUUGGGAUGUCUAUAAUGACUUCGGCAUGGGAGUUUGCGCAGAACUCUGUGCAGAUCAGCAUUCCAUAACUAGAGAUGAGCAGGAUGCUUAUGCCAUUCAAAGCUUUGAGAGAGGAAUAUCUGCACAAAAGUCUGGUCAUUUUGCUUGGGAGAUAAUUCCGGUUGAAAUUUCCAAUGGAAGAGGAAAGCCUUCCACACUAGUAGAUAAAGAUGAAGGUUUGGGGAAGUUUGAUGCUGCAAAGUUAAGGAAGCUUGGACCAAACUUUAAAAAGGUUGGGGGUACGGUCACCGCUGGCAAUGCAUCUAGCAUAAGUGAUGGUGCGGCUGCAUUAGUGCUAGUGAGCGAAGAGAAGGCACGUGAGCUUGGUUUGCACGUAAUUGCAAAGAUAAAAGGAUUUGCAGAUGCAGCUCAGGCACCCGAAUUAUUUACAACUGCUCCUUCACUUGCAAUACCUAAAGCUCUAUCAAAUGCUGGUCUGAAGGCUUCUCAAAUUGAUUAUUAUGAAAUAAACGAAGCCUUUUCAGUUGUGGCUCUUGCAAAUCAGAAGCUUCUCAGUCUUGAUCCUAAAAAAGUUAAUGCACAUGGAGGUGCUGUAUCAUUGGGACAUCCAUUGGGUUGCAGCGGAGCUCGCAUCUUAGUUACAUUAUUAGGGGUAUUGAGACAUAAGGGUGGAAAGUAUGGUGUUGGUGCCAUCUGCAACGGGGGAGGAGGCGCAUCUGCUCUAGUCGUUGAGCUCAUGCAAGGCGGCACUUGGAGACGUUCGUCAUUGUAA